GCCUCCAAAAAUUGCGCGACCAAAUGAGUAAACAAACAAAAACAGAGCAGAGACGAAAGUUUUGAAUCGUAAAAAAACCUUUCCGUUCUCCUCUCCGAAAUUCACGGCGAGCCUUGCGUCGCUUCUUCGCCACCCGAUAAUAUAUCCCCCUGAAUCUUCUCCGUUAAAUUCUCGUUACAUCGAGUCUACCAAUUGAUUUGUUUCGUUUGGAUCUGAAUCCUGGAUUUGAAUCUGAAUGAUUUGAUCACUGCAGAGUGUGUGUUUUCGAGGGCUGUUGAUGAAUAUUGCUGUAACAGAGGAGGAGAAGAAUCUGUUUCUGAGAUUUACGAGUUUGAGUUUUCCCCACGAGAGAUCCAUAAACCCUAGAUUUAGAUGGGAUAAGGCUGUUCUUAUUCAGCUUAAGGGAGAGGAUAACAAUAGAUUGAGAGAUGGGUUCGUCACAAGGCUCCACGCUCUCGGCUGAUGUGAUGAGCCUUGUGGAUACGUUGCCUGUUCUUGCUAAAACCCUCAUCGCCGGAGGAGUUGCUGGGGCUGUUGCUAAGUCUGCUGUUGCUCCCUUGGAGAGGAUCAAGAUUCUAUUGCAGACUAGAACAAACGACUUUAGGACGCUUGGUGUGUCCCAGUCAUUGAAGAAGGUGUUACAAUGCGAUGGUCCUCUAGGAUUCUAUAAAGGAAACGGAGCGAGUGUUAUUCGGAUUAUCCCUUACGCAGCUCUCCAUUACAUGACGUAUGAAGUGUACCGUGACUGGAUUUUGGAAAAUAAUCUUCCUUUAGGUUCUGGUCCAGUUGUUGAUCUUGUGGCUGGUUCGGCUGCAGGCGGGACGGCGGUUUUGUGCACGUAUCCUCUUGAUUUGGCUCGUACUAAGCUAGCUUACCAGGUUUCUGACGCGAGUCAGAGUUUCCGAGGUGGUGCCAAUGGAGUUUACCGUCAACAUGCAUAUUCAGGGAUAAAAGAGGUGCUUUCAAUGGCUUAUAAAGAAGCGGGACCACGUGGGCUAUAUCGGGGCAUAGGUCCAACGUUGAUUGGCAUCCUUCCUUACGCCGGCCUUAAGUUCUACAUAUAUGAGGAACUGAAAAGGCAUGUUCCUGAAGAGCAUCAAAACUCUGUUCGAAUGCAUCUACCUUGUGGUGCUUUAGCUGGUUUAUUUGGCCAGACCUUGACGUACCCAUUGGAUGUUGUUAGGAGACAGAUGCAGGUGGAGAAUCUGCAGCCUCUGACGAGUGAUGGCAGCAACAAACGUUACAAGAACACGUUUGAUGGGCUUAACACGAUUGUCCGAACUCAGGGUUGGAGACAGUUGUUUGCUGGUUUAAGCAUCAACUACAUUAAGAUUGUUCCAUCGGUUGCAAUUGGGUUCACGGUGUAUGAGUCAAUGAAGUCGUGGCUACGGAUUCCACCAAGAGAGAGAUCAAAACCAGCCUAAGGGUUUUUGUUCAUUGAUACUCUUAGAGCAGGACACAGAAGAUAACACUAUUUUUCUUUAGUAGCGAAUCUAGUGAUAGUAUUGUUUGGAUAAAAUUAAGCAAAAUGUUUACACAUUUGUUAUCAAACACAAAAAUGGGUUGAUUCUUGUGCUACUUAAAAGAUUUCUAUUUUUCAUAUAGUUCUGUAUAUAGUGUUCUAAUAUAAUAAUUUGUAUAUCAUUAUUGGGAUGAGUAUUUUGUAUCUAGUUUAUAAAAAACUAAUA